CCCAUUUUACCGAUGAGGUGACUGGGGCCCAGAGAAGUGAAGUGACUGGCCCUAGGGCACACAGCAGACGAGCGAUAAAGGUGCCACCCAGUAGGAUCUCAGAGAUUAUUCUGUGGGUUUUAUGAUCUCAACGGGAAAGAAAUCUUCGCCGUCGUAACCGGGCCGGGGAAGGUCUCGCCUGGGCUCCGGCCGGGGAGGGGCGGGCCGCCAAAGCCCCAGCCUCGGGGGCGACGAUGGCGGAUGGUCCCAGCCGGCCCCGCGGUGGCCGCCCCGGAAUCCCCGCCGCCAUCCGGGAGGGCUGGCUUGGGUGCAGGCGGGUGGCCAGGCCCGAACCCCGCCGAAGCGUGGGGCCGCGCGGGCCCCGCGGAGGAGCGGAGCGGCCGGACCUCCCGGACCGGAGGACAACCCGUCAGCGGCAGCCGGCCACCGUGCAGGAGGAGGAGGAGGAGGAGGAGGAGGAACGAGAAGAAGUGGAGGAGGAAGAGGAAGAAGAGGUCCUGGUCCGCAGCGGAGGUCAGCGGCGACGCAGGCUCAGCGGUUCAUUCGGGCAGUCGGCACUGGCAGUGGGCGUGAGAUUUCGUGACUCAUGACGGAGAAGAGCCCCUCUCCUCCAAAGAGAGAGGAUAAGGUGAAGCACCGUGGGAGAUUUUCCUGAGUGAAAUAGGACAUACGGCUUUAGCCCAAGGAUGACUGUGCUCGGAGUUACAGCCAACUCCUUCUUCUCUCCACUGUGAAAGAAAAAAAAGGGGGCGAAGAACACAGCAACUUAUCCAAGGAAUCCCCUUUGCAUGUUUCCUUUAGGUAACUGUGUUGGAGAUUGCCCUGAUUUACCUGAAACCAUCCGUUCGGCCUCAGGGUAAGUCUUUGCUAGGAGUUUUUUCCUUUCUCACCGCAGAAAGAUAGAAAGACAGACACAGCACUCUCUUCCCCUCCUUGCUUUAAUUUCCCCCCAAAUUGUAUUUUUCCACAGCCAGAAGCCCAAGGUGGGAGUAGAACCCCCAGCCCCUGAAGGCCAGGCACUUCCCUCCUGCAGCACUCUGCCUUUCCCCCCAUCCCCUGCUACUCUAGCGAAACUCUGGGUUUACUUGCACAAAAAUGAUUCAUAAAGAACACCUGGUAUUCCUUCCUUCUCCAGCUUAGCAGGAUUUAAUAAGUAAAGCACUUGAAGGACUCACACCAUCUCCUCCUGGUAGAAAAAGGGAUGACGGUAGACAUCCUCAACUGACUUAUCCAGGAGGUCGGGCUAAGCUGGAGAAGGAAGGAAUACAACUUGCCUAGAUUUGAGGUUCUGCUAAACUGGAGGAGGAAGGAAUAAAACUAAUUUAGCCAUGAACUUCUGGCUAAACCCUGAGAUCCUCCAAGCUUAAUCGGUAUUAUUCCUUCCUCCUCGGUUGAUCAAGACCUUACAGCGGAUGUAGCUUUGCAGUGCAGCUAAACUGGACGAGGAAGGAAAGAAAAGAAAAGAGUUUUAUUUUUAGUUUCUUCUGCGCCCAGUCUA